CUUCUUACAAAUGUCUCUGUGAGCCAGGUUUCACGGGAGAGUUUUGCGAGAAAGCUUUUACGUCCUGCAAGGAGCUCUAUGACUUCAAUAGGCCCAAUGUCAGUGAGCUUGUUACCCUCCGCCUGGAGUUUAAACCAGUCACCAUUCUCUGUCACAUGGGAGAUUUUGGAUGCGGAAAUGGAGGAUGGACGCCGGUCAUGAAGAUUGACGGCACCAAGAACACCUUUCAUUACAACAAGACCUACUGGAGUAACAAAAUUGAAUACAACCUUCCUGGAGGGGAGUCUGGCUUUGAUUCACAGGAGACAAAGUUACCGACCUACUGGAAUACACCCUUCUCCAAGGUUUGCCUCGGUAUGAAGAUUGGACAACACGUCAGGUUCACUGUCAUUAACAAGCAGGCCGACUCUUUGUACUCACUGAUCGCUGACGGUCAGUACCGCGCCACAUCAUUAGGUCGAGAAACGUGGAAGGAUCUGAUUGGUUCAAAUGCCUCCUUGCAGUUAAACUGUAAUAAGGAAGGAUUCAAUACUGGCAAUCUUCACCGUCAUAGCAAAUACCAUUCUGAAGCAAGAAUUGGCAUCGUUGCUAACCAGGAGGAUAACUGCAAAAGCUGUGACUCCUGGAUUGGGUUCGGUACAGGGGGGUAUCACGAAGACGCUGUGACGUGUGGUAACGUUGCAGAAAUAGAAGGAGAUAACGGAGCCAGGCGUACUCCAGCCAUGGGGUACAUACUGGUGCAAUAAUACCUAUACUCUCAAAAGGAAGCAGCUCAAAUAGAUAUAUUAUUUAUUCAAUAGAACCUCCCCAUGAGGCUUUUUAGUCACUGGGGACCUUAAGAAACCACGACGGCGACGGCAACGAGGACGUGGAAAAACAAGAGAUGUAAU